AUGAGAUCAACUGCACCAACAUGGGAGAAGAACAGCUCAAUUCUGGCUGAAGAUGGGUAUGCAUGGAGAAAGUAUGGACAAAAAAUGACAAUGAAUGCAAAAUACCUUAGGAGCUACUAUAGAUGCACUCACAAGUAUGAUCAGAGUUGUCCAGCGAUCAAACAGGUGCAGAGAAUUCAAGAAGACCCUCCAUUGUACCGAACAACGUACUAUGGCAAUCACAAUUGCAAUAGCUCUAUAAAUUCAGAUAUAAUGUUGGAACCUGCUUCUUCUUCUGACUCUUCUAUGUUCCUUAGCUUCAAUAACACCUUCCUAAGCAAAGAAGAAUACCCAUUUUCACCAUCACAUUUUAAAUCCACAAAACAGGAGCAUAUGGAAGUGAUUCGGAAUGACCAUAUUGUUCAAAACCAAUUACCCCCAUUAGAUUACCUCCUAUUAUGUGACUAUGAACUAGAUUUCAAUUAUUCCAGGCAUGGUACUGUGCUAUCAUCCACUGAAUCUGUUCAAUUUGAUACAGUUUAUGGGAGCAGUUUGAAUUUUGAUGGCUAG